AGAUAAGGAGACUGAGGCACAGAAAGUUUAUGUGACUUGCUCAAGUCCUACAGCUUUUUUUUAUCAUAAGGCUUAGAAAAUCACAAAGCAACAUGUCAGUGAAUCAGCAAGACCUGGAUCCAGAUAGUAGUACAGAUGUGCGAGAUAUUACGGAUUCUGAACAAGAACUUGUUAAAGAAUGUGAAGAAAUGUGGAGAGAUAUGGAAGAAUAUCAGAAUAAAUUAUCACUUAUUGGAACCAAGACACUCACUGAUUCAAAUGCUCAGCUAUCAUUAUUAAUUCUGCAAGCAAAAUGUUUAACCGCUGAACUCAGACAAUGGCAAAAAGAAACACCUGAAAUAAUUCCCCUGACUGAUGAUGUUUUGACAACAUUAGCAGAAGAAGAGUUCCAAAAAUUGAGACAUGAUCUUGAAAUGGUCCUAUCUACUAUUCAGUUAAAGAAUGAAAAGUUAAAGGAGGACUUGGAAAGGGAGCAACAGUGGUUGGAUGAACAACAACAGAUAAUGGAAUCUCUUAAUGUACUACACAGUGAAUUGAAAAAUGAGGUUGUGCCAUUUUCUGAGUCAAGUUACCUUAAAAAUGUUCAAGAGCCAACUGCACAGCUGAUAACACUGCAUGAAAUGUUAGAGAUUCUUAUAAAUAGAUUAUUUGAUGUUCCAUAUGAUCCAUAUGUCAAAAUUAGUGAUUCCUUUUGGCCGCCUUAUAUUGAACUGCUGCUGCGUAAUGGAAUUGCCUUAAGACAUCCAGAAGAUCCAACUCGAAUAAGAUUAGAAGCUUUCCAUCAGUGAAAGGAUGAUCUCUUUUUCACAUAGUAAAGGAUCUUGUCAUUCCAGGAUAAUGGAAACACAGCACUAUUUGGAUAAAGAACAUUAUUUGAAAAUUGAAGCACAUAGUCUACGUUCCUUUUAUCUUUAA